UACAUAACCUGAAAGGGUGCAGGGUUGAAGGCGCUUUGCUCCUUCCCAAAGGAGCAGAAACAAAAAAAAAAAAAUAACCUGAAAGGAAACGUUAAAGAUACGUAGUCAUCAUCCAGUGACAUAAAAAAGAAAAAUUAAUAAAUUAAAUUAAUAUUAAAGAUGCAAGAGUCGAAUAAAGAAAAUGAAAAUGAUGACGUAUUUGACCUACCAGUACAGACAUGUGGACUCUGCGAAACCAUAUGUGAUGCAGAUUACAUCAACCAACAUGAGUGUCUUCAAGGAUAUCCUAAUUAUUAUACUGACCCAAAUACUUAUUAUUUUUAUCCGAUGUGCGAAGAUGGAAGUAUUUUAAGAAGAAGUGCAAUUGAUGGUCAAGAAGUAACGGUACAAGAAAGUUUAGAAAACAUAACAAAUAAAAGAAAAAAUACAAGGAAAAAAUUAAGUAUUAUAGAAAAGCAGGAGUUGCUAGAAUUAGAAGAACAAUUAAUUUUAGAAGUACAGGCACGCGAAGCAUUAUGGAAUCCACAGUUGGAUUUGUCACUCCGUAGCAGAAAAGCAACGGCACAAUAAUUAUGGAAAGAAAUUUCUGAAGCAUUAAAUGGAAAACUGUCGGACAAAGAAGCAAAAACAAAGUUUAAAUCCCUGCAUGAUACAUACAGAAGAAUUGUUAGCAAUGAAUCGUUGGCUAGUGGUUCAGAAAGACCUGCUAAAAUGAGCAAAUGGCAACACUACGAUAAUUUAUCGUUUUUGCGUGACUCAUGCCUACAAAAACAAACAAAAUCAAAUGUAUCAUGCAGCGUAGAUAGUAAUGAUGUACAGCAAUAAGACUCAAUUCUCAGUUCUACAGAUGUGGAACAAAAUAGACAAGAAA